AUGGACGAAAAUCACAUCUACCAAUACUCGCUUCUCAAUGCCUUAAUGGACGGAGUCUGCGAAACCGGCAUCAGUGUUUCAAAGCUUCAACAGAAAGGAAACCAAGGACUCGGAACAUUCGCUCGUAUGAACGGAGAACUGCUCUUCCUCGACGGCAAAGUCUACCAACUUCUGGCAGAAGGCAACAUCAGAGAAGCCGGCGAUGAGGACAAGAUCCCCUUCGUCGUCAGCACGAACUUCGUACCACAAAGCACAUCAGACAUCGAGCUGCGAGAUAAGGACGACAUCGACAACGGCCUGAACGAUUUCAAUGAUCACGCUGCAAAUUUGUUCAUGACUUAUCGGAUCAAUGGCAAGUUUGAUCACCUGAAGUGCAGGACGGUAAGAGGGCAGGAGUACAAAGGACAGCCUCUAUCGGAACUCGGUGAGAAGCAAUCCGUGGAGACAUACGACAACAUCGAAGGCACGAUUAUUGGUUUCCGUACGCCAAAGAACUGGCAAGGCUUCGGCGUUGCUGGUGAGCACUUGCAUUUCAUCAACAAGAAUCGUACGGCGGGUGGGCACGUUCUGGAGGUUCGGGCGAAGAAGGUGGAGAUGCAGAUGGCGGUGGCGUCGAAUGUGCAUGUCGAGUUACCCACGUCCGAGGAUUUCAAUGCCGCGACUUUGGUGACGGACUCAGAUGGUGUGAAGAAGGUCGAAGGAUGAGGCACGUUGCAUUGCAAUGAACUCACAGCUUUUUGGUCUCUGGCCUCCCACAUGUCGGUGGUCUGAUUGGAUUGGUCACCGCUCGAACCCACAGGAACGGUCCAUCCGAGUCCUGCAUCACCACGCAUCAAGCCAUGCAUGUCGGAGCAUGAUCGGUGUCUCCAUACACGGACAAUGCAUGUGCCUUACGCCUGAGAUGCCAU